AUGGACGACGAUCACCACCAGCAAGCAUUCCUCCACUUUUAUACCAGCACUUGUUGCGAUGCCAAUGAUCGCCUUGCCGACCGCUCUAAUCAUAUCCUGGCAACUCAUUUAACGGACGUACUUGGCAGUUUACGACAAGCAUUUGCUCGCCAUCAACAUCCUGCACUCGACACUCGGCAAACGCGCUAUGCUGAUCCACGCAUUGAUUCUGAGCAUUUGGAAAACCAGACGUGGAAGGAGACACAGCAUGGGUACGACCAAGUAAACGUGAUUGAAUGGAUCGUCAAUACUUGCCCUGGCGAGAAAUUGGGUGCUGCUUUACCCCAAAUGAUACCAGCGACUUUGUUGAUCUUGGAUGAUUAUGACGUUUCCUACAAAGUGCGUGGAGCCAAUAUCAUUCGACAACUUGUGGCAAAACUGGAUUCAAAGCUACUCAUCCGUUCAUCCAUCGAUAAUGCCCUCUUUCAUUGUCUCACUUAUUUAUCCCAAGAGAACGACGUGCAAUUACUCAAUGCAGCGUAUCCAUGUCUGCUGGAUCUUAUCGACAAGACCAAGGCUUCUGGAAGCAAAGAACGGGUUCAGUUAUAUGAGAGAGUGAUGGUAAAUGGUGUCAUCCUUGGGUUUCAAUCUGCAGCAACCAAGACACGACAUUUGGAAGCACUAUUACGGCCCGUUAGUCGACUUUACAUGGAACUAGGACCUUUGGGUGUUUAUUAUCUCAAACCCACCAUUGGAGCUAUUGCUGAAGCGCUCGGCAUGUCUAUUUACGAGCUCAACAAGAUAGCCUUGGAAUCAUUACAAACUGUGAUGCAUACAUGCUGGCCAAGGAUCACUCGAUUUAAAGGAGUCAUUCUCAAGGGGCUUGCGACUUGUUGGCUUCAUUAUUCCAAGGGAGAGUCAUCCUCUGAUAAGGAAAUGCGACACACAUUACAAGAUACCUUUCGCUUAUUCCAAGCUUGUACACAAGAUGCAGCCAAGGAUGAUAUCGAUGCACUACUCCAAUAUGAUCAAGAGUCGUUCUCGGCGCUCUUCGGCAAUACACAACAAUAG